ACAUGAGAAGCCGACUGAUCCAGAUGACCCGUUGGCUGACCAAAAUAUCAAGGACAGAUUCUACGGGUUAAAUGAUCCAGUUGCCGACAAGCUUAUGAACAGAUAUUCAUCCAUGCCCAAACUGGAGUCGCCUGAAGAUAAAACUAUCACAACAUUGUAUGUCGGUGGUCUGGGAGACAAGGUGACUGAAAAAGAUCUUAAAGAUUAUUUCUAUCAGUUUGGAGAAAUACGUUCAAUAAAUGUGGUAGCUAAACAACAAUGUGCAUUUGUACAGUUUACAUCACGUUCAUCUGCCGAGGCAGCCUCAGAAAAGUCUUUCAACAAACUCAUUUUAAAUGGGCGGAGACUGAAUAUUAAAUGGGGGAAAUCUCAAGGUCAACAAGGUCAAGAGAAGGAAGAGGAGAAAGAAGAAGAAAAGAAUCUUGAGCCGGUCCCUGGCCUUCCUGGAGCUUUACCACACCCACCAGGGGAAUUAGCUAACAAUUUCUUCAAUUUGAGCGGGGCACCACCAAUGCACCCGAUGCAGAUGAGACAUCCAAUGCCACCAAGAGGACCACCUCAUAUGAUGCCCAUGUUUAUAAGAGGUCCACCUCCGCCAGGUGUGAGACUGCCGCCCCCUCCCCCUGGUAUGAUGCCGUUGAGACCCCCACCAGGUGUCAUGCCCCGUGGCCAGGUUCCGCAGAUGCAUUACCCAUCCCAGGACCCGAACAGAAUGGGAGCUCAACAAAAUGGAUAAACAAGCCUGACCCAUCAACUGCAAUGGAAAUAUCUGCCAUCUUUAUUGUGUAUGGUGUUCUUUUGAAGCCAUGAUGUC